AUGCGGGCGAGUGGCGCGGCGGCGUCGACGCCGGCAGGUUCGACCUACUCGCCGUCAUCUCGCAGGGCGUCGAUUUCGCCCACCUAUUCGGCGAUGGAGGACGACGACCUCCUGAUGGAGAUACUCGUGCGGCUCCCCCCGCGACCUUCCUCCCUCCCCCGCGUCUCCUCUGUCUGCAAGCGCUGGCGACGCAUCGUCUCCGACCCCCAAUUCCUCCGCCGCUUCUGCGCCCACCACCGGGAACCCCCCAUCGUCGGCGUGUUCUUCAACUCCAGCUUCAUUGAAACCCCCUUCAGGUCGACUCUCAAUCCGCCGGACCUCAUCCCGCCCGAGCUCUUCUCCCCGCGCCUCGACGACAUCUGGUCCGUCCACAGCUGCCGCCACGGCCGCGUCCUCUUCACCAGCAGCGCCCGUACCGGCAGGGGCUGCCGCCAGGUCCUAGUGUGGGAUCCCGUCGCAGGCGACCGCCGCUGCAUAGGCAGUCCAACGCAGCUGGGUGGUCACGACUGGAGCGAGUCCCGUGUGCAAGCGGAUGUGCUCUGUGCUGCCGGCGACAAGGGCCACGUGCAUGGUGCCUGCCAUUCGAGCCCCUUCAAGGUGGUCUUGGCGUGCGUCAGCAAGGGCGUCGCACGAGCUUGUGUCUACUCCUCGGAGAUGGGAGCCUGGGCCGAGCUCAUCUCAACCUUGGUUCCAUUUGAUAUGUCUCCUUCUCUUGGCAGUAGAAGCAUCCUGCUUGGGAAUUCACUGUGCUGGUUCAUUUUUGGCCCUCAGGUGGAUAUCCUUGAGCUUAAUCUUGACAGACAGAGCCUAGCCGUGAUCGAGGUGCCACCACAUGCCUACGCCAACCAUCAGGGACUUUAUUUGAGUACUCUGGGUGGCGCGCUUGGUUUCAUCGUCAUGUCGGAAUCCUACAAAGCACAACUAUGGGAGAGGACGACUGAUUUUGACGGUGUUGCUGGGUGGAUGCCGGGACAGACUAUCGAGUUGCGCAGGCUUCUCCCUCUGAAAUCAGGGGAGUGGAUCAAAAGAGUAAUGUUUAUUGCUGGGGAUGAAUCUGAUAAUGUGGCAUUUCUGUCAACAUCUAGGGGCAUCUUCAUGGUCCAUCUCGAGUCAUUGCAGUUUGAGGAGAUCUUUAAAAGCAACCCUGAUAAUCGGCUGUCCACUAUCUAUCCAUAUCCAUUCAAAAGUUUCUUUGCUGCUGCUGCUGCAGGACUGAGUAAUCUUGAUGAGCGGGGACAAGGUGAAGGUCGAGCAGGCGGCACAAUGCAUCAAUGAGAAUUCUGAUCUUUGCGGUUAAUUUAUAUGCGUUUAUGGAUUUCGGUUGUAUCCUUGAUGUUAUGAAGUUGUGC